AUGCUUUUACCAAAAACUAUAUGUUUACUUUCGACUCUCGUGACUUUCUCAUUCGCAAGCCCGAACUGCAAACUCUCACCUGCCGAUUCAGCAUGGCCCUCGACGAAUGAAUGGGCUGCAUUGAACCGUUCAAUCGAUGGAGUUCUGGUCAAGACUGCCCCAAUUGCAUCAUCUUGCUACCCUGGUAAUCCAUUCAAUUCACCCGAGAACUGUACCAGCGUGCAGGAUAAAUGGUAUUAUGCAGCUCAUCAUGCUGUCUGGCCCGAGAGCGUUGACUAUCCGAUCUACUCAAACAACUCCUGUGUUCCAAAAGGUGUGACUGGUUACGCCGAAGGAAAAGGCUGCAAUAUUGGUGGGCUACCGCAAUACAUUGUGAACGCUACGACAAUUGAACAUGUUUCCAAGGCAAUGAGUUGGGCAUCCAAACGGAAUAUUCGGAUUGUCGUGAAAGGAACAGGUCAUGACUUGAACGGCCGAUCAACGGGAGCAUUUGCGCUUUCUAUUUGGACGCACAAUUUCAAACAUAUCGAAAGACGAUGUGGUUGGAAAUUGCCAGGCCAAAAUAAAACCGAGGAUGUUGUUGUUUGUGGUAGCGGCAACAACUGGGGCUCUGUUUAUACUGCCGUUCACCAUAUGGGUAGAGCUGUUGUUGGUGGUGAAGAUGCUACGGUUGGCCUCGGAGGGCUAAUCCAGAAUGGCGGUCAUGGAUAUUUGUCUAGUCACCACGGUCUUGCAUCGGAUCAAGUUUACCAGGUCACAGUAGUUACUACCGAUGGAAGACAACUUAUCGCGAACAGUGUAGAGAACAAAGAUCUCUUUUGGGCUGUCCGUGGAGGUGGAGGAGGCCAAUAUGGAGUGGUGACAGAGUUUAUUCUGAAAACCUACCCUGUUCCAGCAAACGUGGUCAUGGGUGGCUUUUCUUUCCAUGCGGCCGACUCAUCAAACACGAGCGAGACUGCCUCAUGGAAUGCUCUGUCUGAAGUUGUCUCCUCGAUUCCGGACCUUAUGGAUAGUGGUUUGAAUGGUAACGUCACCGCAUACACUAAGGCAAUGACAACGGCCUUGGGAUUGAAGGAAGCACCACCUGGUGUUGCAGCAGUGGUUGGAUUUGUUGGUUUCAACAUGACGACUGAUCAUAUGGAUCAUAUUGUUGAUAAGCUAUCAGCUCAAGUCGUCACAUCUACUGGCAACGGCAACUAUCUAAAUAUUUCUCGCCAACAGACAUCUAGUCAGAGCUACUGGUCUUUUGUGAAGCCUGAACCGCUGUCUAGUAGCUCUGCUGGGGCUGCCAGCCUGAUGACCAGCCGCCUUAUGGGCCGAAGAGAACUUUCAGAUAUUGCUCCGAAUAAACUAACGGACUAUUUGCAGCAGUCCUUGGUUUCUGAGAACCCAGAAACCGGAACGAUGUUGUUGUUUGGACUGCAAGGCGGCCGCGGGCCUGCUAAGGUCCCAGCAUCGAUGCGUGGGAGCGUUCUCCCUGCUUGGCGCACCGCAUACGCUCACGUUAUGACACUGGGCGCCACUAUUAACGCAACAAUUGAUGCAAGCGAGUCCCUGAGUAACGCUGCAGAUUGGUAUGAGACUUUUAAAGAGCCGGUCUGGAGAAAUUGGGCUCCCAAUACCGGUGCCUACAUGAACGAGGGCAAUCCCUUCAGUAGCACUUGGAAGAACGAUUUCUAUGGUGAGAAUUAUGAGAAGCUCCUUGCCGCCAAACUCAAGUUUGAUCCUAGCGAGAGUCUUUUUGUUUGGAGUGGUGUCGGUAGUGACCUGUGGAAUUAUGAUCUGAGCUCUGGGUUGCUAUGCCGGGUUGAAUCAUGA